AUGAACAAUACAGAAGUAGAACUACCUCAGCGUCUUCUUCUACCUCCCACGGCGGCGAUGGCGGCGGCCUUCUUCGGCGGCGAAGUCGGCUCCCUCUUCUUCUUUCUUCUUCGUCGGCGGCAGCUUCUUCCUCGUCGGUCGGUCCAGCGUCAACGUCGGCGGCGGCGGGAGAUCCAACAAGCGGUCGCCGACCUCGCAGCCGUCGUCGCCGUCGCUUUCCUCGUCGCCGUCGCCUCUCUCGUCGCUGUUCUGCGGUUUUCGGGAGAAGAAGAGGGAGAGGGCAAGGAGGAAGAAAUGUACAAGAACCAGCUUCAGGAGCUGGCGCAGCGGAGCUGCUUCAACCUCCCUUCCUAUACUUGCAUUAGGGAAGGUCCCGACCACGCGCCGCGCUUCAAGGCCACCGUCAACUUCAACGGAAGAGAAGAAGAAGAAGACUGCAGGAGGCAAUGCGGAAGAUCGGAAGAGUCAAGGACAGGUCAAAGCCUUGGAUGGACUGAAGAAUCUGAGUAUUUGAACGGGAAGCAGGAUGAUCAAAAGGAGACGCAAACCAGACCUUUCUCUAGUUUUGCCAUGGUGGACACCAGUUAA